GAUGCUCUGUCUGGGCGUCCAGACCUAAAACAGGGGGUGAAAUUAGACAACAAAAACCAGAUAUUAUUAAAAUCCCAAUUAUUUGUCAAAAGCGCCACAGGAAGAGGCACAGUUGAGAUGCUAGACAGACAACUCAUGCAAGAGCUGAAGAACAUUACAGCAAAAGACAAAGAAGUGAUGGAAGUGAUAGAAGUUAUCAAAGCAUCAGGGCCAAGGACACUCUCCAAAGGACUACAAAAAUGGAACCUAGAAGAUGACCUCAUCUGGCAUAGAGGCAAAAUAUAUGUUCCGCCAAAUGAU